CCAAGAGAAAUCAAGGAUUGGUUGAGAGAUUUCAACUGGAGUUAUCAUGCCCACCCUCUCGUAAUGCCAACAGUGGUGCCUUAUGAGUUUACAAGAUAAUCUAACGUUUAUAGUUAUGCACUGUUAUGUUGUACGAUUUAUGUUUUAUUUGUCUUCGUUUGACUUGAACAUAUUUUGGCUCUACAUGCAACGUUAGCUAGCCUGAUGUAAUUUCUAAAAUCGGUAAUAUGCCGGGAAAGUUAGCUAGCUAGCACUGUGUAGUGCUGCUCAGUGUAGCUAGCUAGUUACCAAGUCUGUUCGUGUACAAAUGUUAGCUUGUUGGCUUGCUAUGUUGCUAACAGAAAAUGUAGUCUAGCUAAUAUUUUUCUCAAUACCUAACACACAGCUAACAAAUAGUAACUUAACACACAUUUAACAGGUUUUAAUGAACAUGUUCGGAAAGUGGUGUGACAUAUGCAGGCACCACCUGUAAUUUGGUACCAACGUUACGUGUCAGCUGCAAGGCUAGCCCAGUCUAAGCAUGUCAACGCCAAAGAUGACUUCUGUAUAUCUACCUCAUUGGGAAAGCGGCGAGAGAAGAAUUCGUUUCUUGUACCUUGCUGGUUCCAGCUCGUUCAAAAUUUGCGACAGUGGCAGUGCUGAGGAGACUAUGGUACCUCUUUUUCUGGGUGCCGACCUGUUCUCAAAAACCGCUAUUAGGACAGAGAAUCAUCCGAGAUACCAUGCCAAGUUUGCCAAAAAAGGGUUGGCAACAAAGCUUGCGUUUUCCUCAGAAUUCCGGUUUCACGGACUGAGGCUUCCCACAGCCAGCAGCAGUCUGUGGUUCUACAGCAUCCAAGGUCUCUUUAGGGUGGCCUUUGAACUGUACAACAAACAAGAGCAACUCUUUGUGCUGGAGUCAUUUCAGGAGCUAUGGAAGUCGCGAAUAAACGACGGCCCCCUGAACGUGUGCUAUGACCUGAGCACCCAACUGGACGCCCCUCAGCCCGAAGAGAUUGUAGCGAUGUACGACAGAGAAACGCUUCACAAGCUGAGAUCUCAGAUCACCAAAGGGACACGUCUGGAUUUACCUCAGCCGGCAGAGGUGCCCGAUGCAGCCCGCGAGGAGGACACGCCCCCUACCGACGGCAAGUCCACCGCCGACCAUGACUACUGCUGCCCUGCCGACGGCGACUCGGCCGUUCGGCCGGACCACCUCCGCCUCGUCUUCAAAAAACUCGCAAGCUUGGAGAAGGCUUUGAAUGACUCCGAACUCCACUUAGGGAAGGAACAGCAGGAGGCCAUCCUCCUUCUGAUGGACCACGCGGAGAGAUUUGUGGCACAGGGCCUGGAUGAGGAGGCGCUGGCCGACGCGGUGUCGGGGCUCCUGCGGACCCAGGGGCCAGGUCCCGGGGCAGGGGACUCCGUCUACUCCAGCCCCCUGCUCCGGGCCGUUGGCGGCUGGCUGGGCCGGCAGUUCCACGCCGCCAACGCCUGCAUCAGCCGGCAGGUGGAGGGCUUCAAGGUGCGGCACAUCGAGCGCAUCACGGACCUGCCGCCGGCCGAGGAGCUGGCGGGGGAGCUGUUCCCCGAGGCCAUGAGGGUACUGCUGCUCAGCUGGAUGGGCCUGGACGAGGCCUCGGCCCUGUGGAAGCGCCAGAGCGAGUAUCCCAUCCUGCUCCUCAUCCUGGAGUUCGCCAACCACAACCUCAUCACCGGCGUGGCGCACGUCCUCUACUCCAGCCUCAUAUGCAAGUAGAGCAGGGAACUCCAACUCCGGUCCUAGAGGACUGCAGCUUCUGCUGGGUUUUUUUGUGCGUGCGUUUCAGCGCUCAAGUGACGCAGGUAACCAGUUUGUUAGCCAGAGUGCUUGCUCAGUUUGGCUGAAGACUCAUCACACCCUGUUUCCAAGACCCAAAUUGGCUGCAGAUUU